AUGGAGGGCGAUAUCCGCAAUGACGCUUAUCCCUCUUCAUCCAGCCUGUCGCUGCCUCUGCCCGGAGGAUCUCACAGUCCGGAUAAGCGCAGGCUACUGCUGAUUUAUAUCCAUGGCUUCAUGGGCACGGAGGCUAGCUUUCAGGAACUCCCCGCACACAUUCAUGAUCUGUUGACGAAUUUACUGAGUGAGUCGCACGUGGUGUACACCCGCAUUUACCCACGGUACAAGUCCCACGGCGAGUUACAAACGCAAGUGGACCAAUUCAGCGCCUGGCUAUCACCACAUGAAGCGGAAGAUCUGGAUGUCAUCCUGCUGGGCCACAGUCUCGGCGGGAUCUUGGCCGCAGACGUUGCGCUCCUGCAAUCACAACCAAAUGAGCACCCGAAGCAUCGGAUCCUGGGCCUCGUGAACUUCGACGUCCCCUUCCUAGGCCUACAUCCCCGUGUUAUUCCAACCGGACUCAUGGGCUCUAUGCCGAGGAAGGAUGUAUCAGCCGAAGACGAACUAGCGGAAGAACAAGAAUCGCUAGGCAUGGACCCGGCCUACAAACCCACCGCUCCUAGCCCCAAUUUUGAUCCUCCAUUCAAGAAUGAUGUGCGUCUGGUUGAUCGUGGCUUCUUCAAGGGUAUGAUGCAUUUUGUCAACAAGAACACCGACAAUCUCUCACGAUCGAUCUUUAACCGUCUCGUAUCGCCCGUUAAGUUUGCAAGCUGCGUCAAUAAUUACUCUGAACUUCGUCGGCGGUAUCGACGCCUUAUGGAGUUAGAGGCCGCGGAAUACAGCCCUGGGAGAGUACGAUUUGUCAACUACUACACCUCCAGCACUGGUCGCCGGAAAACUAAUACAAAGCCCGCAAAGGAAACCGAAGACCUUGAUCAGAUUAAGAAUGCAGCGACACCCUCUCCACAAGAAUCUUCGGAGACGCCAAGCGCUUUUAGCGAAACUGGAACCGUCAAUUCCUCCUCGACGAGCAACCUAACACUCGAAGGACAAAGCCCAAAGUCCGCUGCUUCCGAUUCCACUCUGGCAGCCGAACCAACUUUGGCAGCUGAAGAGGCCAGUUCUGAAAAGGAACUUCCGCCAGUGGAUAUCCCAAGUAUCACAUCAUCUACCUCCAUCGACCAGAAGAAUUUUUCGGAGAGCGCCUCCCUAUCAACGCUUUCUCUCUCAACCCUUUCCCUCUCACCAUCGGAGUCUGGUACCAAUGCAGAGGUCUCCAAACAGAAACUUCGCAAAUUUAUUCUCUUGCCCUCACAUCAUUGGAGGCGUGCAGACAAUGCUCACUGGACACCGGUGUUGAUGGAGGACAUGGACGAAGUGUUAGCGCACCAGUCUAUGUUUAUACCAAAUGCUUCGAACUAUGACUACCUCGUUGGAGAUACUGUGGCCUUGAUUGAGCAAUGGGUCCAGACAGAUCUCACCCGACGGCUGCUCCAGGAGAGCCUCGACUGA